AUGACUUCUCAACAAAAAGUUACUGAAGAUGCUCAUAUUCUCGGAGACUUUAGCGUUACUCCUAUUGGAGUUGGUAUCAGUACUUCCAACUACAUUGCUGAAACUCAAAAAGUCUUGAAGGAAUCCGGUUUGAAUUAUAAACUUCACGCGAGCGGAACGAACAUCGAAGGGCGCUGGGACGAUGUAGUGUCCACUAUUCGUAAAUGCGUUGAUCGUUUGCACGAGAUGGGAGUCUCGCGUGUUGACACUAACAUUCGUAUCAAUACUCGCACUGAUAAGAAACUGACCUUGGAAGACAGCAUUCGUAUCACUGGCGAGAUCAAUGAUACCGAUACGUAUCAGUAUAAUUUAGCAUCAAAUAAAAGGGAUGUUUAUCUCGCCGCUGAUCUUGUAUUGCCAGAAGUUGUUUAUCGAAUACCAAAAUAUAUCGAUACGGUGAUUAAGCAACAACUCGGUGAAGAACCAUUGAAUUGGACGGAUAAUGUUUAUGAAUGGGAAAAUUAUGAUGAGAAAGUGGGACCUAUUUGA